GUCAAAAAAUGUGUAACCCUUCCACAAAAUCUUGGAUCUUUUGUGAAGCGACGCAAGUCAAGCUCACUUUCCAAGAGCUCACAAAGCACGUGACAUCUGAAAGCCAUGGACGCCCGCUUCGCUACGAUGGACGCGGCAAGUGACGUGCCUACGGGCUGCGCGCGCGCGAUCGUCAAGACGGUGGUGGCGCUGAGUCUCCCGUUCGUACUGAGUCCGCGUGAGGUGGCAAGCGAGGCCGCUACAAAUGUGGCAGCGGCCUUCACCACGUGUUUCAGUCGUCUCCGCCAACGACGUUCGCAGUUCAACGAGGAGCAAAAAGAAGCGCUGCUGACGGAGGAUGAGCGCUUCUCCGAGGCAGCCAUGAUGGAGCUGCGGCGACGAGUGAUGGAGACGCCAGCCAUGCGAUGGGGACCCAUGACCACUGACCAGCCACCGCGACCAUCCCGCUGGAAACAGCGCAAGAUGCAGGAACGCGUGCGUGCCAAGAGCAACCCGUCGCCACACUGGAAGAGAGCGAGUCCUGAGAAGCAGGAGGCGUUCACGACGCUGGCCUCCGACACGGAGAAGGCACUGGAUCAGAUCCUAGAGUCGACCAAAACGACCAGGAAACACUCCAAGAGCAGCGAAACACUGGAUGCAGAGGCUGUGAAGCGGCUAAGCGGGGACGACCUUGUUGCGCAAGCUGAUGCCAUUUCUCCAGAGAAGACAGGAGUGGAGAGUGUGCUGCUGGAUCUCCAAGAUGACGACGGAAGCUAUGACGGCGGUCCGUUGCGUGAGUGGCUCGCUGGGAUCGACGCCUCCCGACCGGAGGAGUACUGCGUGUAUGCAAAACAGUUGGAGGAACAUGGCUUCUUGACGCUGGAAGAUCUAGCGCAACUAGAGAGCGACGACGACGUGGAUCAGGCCAUGAGCGAGGUAGGAAUUGCCAAGUUUGCACACCGACUGCGCAUCCGGAAAGCCAUUCAGCGACUGCAUUCACACUCUUCCGAAGAGAACAAUGCAACUGUCGCUACGCUUCCUAUAGCCGCAAGUGCGUGAUGAAAAAAGAAAACAAGAAGACAGAGCGUAGAUAUGAAGAGAACACACUUUUCAAAGCUUACUACUUAGCAUCUACUACUCGCGGAAGUGUACAGACAACCGCUCUCGCUUACGUCCAUCUAGUACUCCUCAUUCAGGUACGAGAUGUCG